AUGCCAGAAAGAGGACCCUUAGUUGCUGCUGCGGGUGCUGCUGCGGCCGUUCUUGAAACAACCCCAUCAGCACCACGACCACCUCCAGCUGUACACGAGGACACAUCCGCUGCUCCUAAAGAGUUGAGACGGGAUGUCAGCUGCAGCCUCGGCACUUGCAGCAGCAGCUCGAGUGAUUGGCUCCCCCUCGCGGCGCUGGGCAGCGACGAGUUGAAGGAUCUGCAGGCAUUUGGCAGCAGCGAAAGGCAGCAGAGCAGAAUUCUGGAUGGUCAUGGAGACAGUUUCAGCACCAGCUGCUCGCGGAGCAGUGCCGUGGUAUCUUCCGCCGCCUUCGCAUCGACUUGCAGCAGCACGGCCCCUUCUCCGAGUUGUUGCCUGAGCGCCGCUUCAACGGCAGCAACAGGGAUAGCGUCGGGGGGACUAGCCUCGUACAGCAGCUGCGGCAGCAUUGGUAGCAGCUCACUCUGCUGCAGUUGCAGCAGUUGCACCACGACCGCUCCCACCACGACCACUCCCACCACGACCACUCCCACCACGAGCACCACUUUCUCUGGUUUAUGUGCAGUGUCUUCAUGCCCUGUUAGUUGGUCGCAGUUGCCCUCCGAAGAGCAUCCGGCACAGAGUCAACACCAGCAAACGCAGACGUCGCCCCCUUCUCCCAUUAGGCAGGCGGCUACAGAAUCAGGUUCUGACAAAGAGCACCCAAAAGAGACACUCCAUGGACCUUUGGGAGUCUUCGUUGAUCGCAGCGUAUUUGUAGAGGUUCUCCCUGAGGGUGCUACUAGCGCUGCAGCUGUGCAGCGUUCUUGGCGCUCCGGCAGCGGCGUGACACCAGCUGGCUGGCAGCAGCAGGCGGAGGUGUGCGCGAAGAUUCCUGGAGGCUCCACCUCGAGUGUAGCAACCUCGCCAGGCCUGCCAACACCGUCGUCUGCUGCAGCGACUUCGUUUGCUGGCAGUAGUAGUGGCAGUAACGUUGCAGCGCCAGCACCCGGGGGCGCUCGCAAAGGACCGUCUCUUGAGGACAAAGUAAUUCUGCUUCGAGGCGUGUGUCGUGGUAGCACCAGCAGCAGCAGCAUCAGCUGCUGCUGCUGCAACCGCCCAUGUUGUCAGUGUGGCGGCGACAGCCUCGAAGCAGCAGCCCCCCCUCCUUCAACGUCGUGUUUAGCGCGAAGCGGCUCGGGGGUGGCAGCAGCAACCCACCCAGAAGCUUCCACUGCAACAACUGUGGCAGCAAGUGCUCGUGCAGCAGCAACGGCUCGCAGCCUCUCGACGCUCUGGGGAGGCUCCUUGGGCAGCACGCUUUCCGCAGUGGCGAGGUGCAGCAGCAGCAGCCACAACAACAACCCCGCCAAAGCAGCGUCAGGCGCAAGAGACUCCGACAGCACGGAGAGUCUGCCGGUCGUUCCCCAGCGCAGUCCCCCCCACCAGCAGCCUUCCCGCCGUAGAACGCUCCCUCGACACCGUGCCUUCAGCAGCAGUGGCAGUCGCAAAAGCAGUCUGGUUGCCUUCACGAGUCUUUCUUUCCUCUGGGGUAGCGGCAGCAGCAAGGUCUGGCGUCAACCACAGCAGCAAUCCCAGCGUCGCCGCCUCGAAAAUAGCCUCAACGAGGACUACCGUAGACACUCAGCGGCAGCAGCAACUCAAAGGCGGAGAUCGCCUCCGAAAUUUGAGGCUGCCCCGCAAACUGCAGUGCCGGAAGCUCCCCUCGCUUGCCAGGUAGCAGCAGCAGCUGCUGCACCUAGCGCUGCCGCCUCCGAUGGUCCUCCUGCAGCAGCAGCAGCAACCUGCACCCCCACCCCCACCCAAGACGCCGCAAAGCCGGUAGCCGCAGCAACGGCGGGAGCUGCCGAUCCUCCCCUAGGCGAAGAAGGCGCCAGCCGGCUGUACGGCGAGAGUCUUGGGCGCAGGGUAUUCACCAGUCCCCUCGUUGUAGGGGGCUGCGUGUACAGCGCAGCAGGGCCGCUGCAGAGGCAGAAGCAGCAAUUUGCGCCUCGAAAGCCGCAGUUGCAGCUGCACGAGCAGGUCCUGUUGCAGCUACAGUUGCAGCUGCAACAUGACUCGCCACUGGUGUGGCUGGAAAAGCCGGAGGGGAACGAUAUCAGGGCAGCAGCAGCAGCAGCAGGACCUGGUUCGUCAGCAGAAACUUGUGGGGAAGCGAGUGUAUUGCCUGCUGCAGAGCUCGAGAAGGGGUUUGCAGAAGCUGAUGAACGGAUCCUGCCGCUAGAAAGCGGAGAAGCAGCCAAAGCGGAAGCAGAAGGAUCGCAGGAUAAUUCAUGUGCCUCUCUGGCUGCCGUUGCAGUUGAAUUGUCAGUACGCAACGAGGACGCUGCUGUUGCUUGUCCAUUUGAGCAUCCCAGCAGCAGCAACAGCAUGGAGAGUGGUAGCGGCAGUUGCAGGGAGAGCCGUGUAUCAAGUUCCUCGACAGCCGGUUGGGAUCCUGUCUGGGCACGGCACCUCAAGAGCAGCAGUGACACAGGCAGCAGCAGCAGCAGCAAGGAGAUUGAGGACAGAUUAGCAGAGGCCCUUGGCAUAGCGCCGCAUCCUCGUGGGCACCAACACAGCAGCACCAUUAGCAGCCGCAGUGUGGCGGCAGGGGAUAUGGCGGCUGCUGCGGCUGCGAAAUUGUUGUUAGCGGCGGGGUAUGAUGUCUCGGAAGGCAGCAGCAUGACGGGCAGCCGCAGACCGCAUGCUGGGGACGGAGCAUCUCCGAUAUCGACGGCAGCGACACCGCAGCCUCUUGGUGGAGAUGUGUCUGUCUGCAUGACCGACUCGGAAGAUUCUGCAGCAACAAAAUUUGCAGCCCUCGCGGCCAAAGCAGGAGGGCCUUCUGCUACUGCCGCUGCUGGGUGUCGACGACUUCCAGCUUCUCCAGAUGGAGGCAGCAGCACGCGCUGCAGCGUGUCAGAGGAUUCAGGAGCAGACCUUGCCCAUGCGCGCAGUGGCAUCCGCAGCGAAAAGCGGGAAAGUGUUGGUGCUUCACAAGUUUUUGGAGUGGCACGUCAUGAGGGCCUUCCAGGUCCGUGCUCGCCGCUCUCUGCCUCAGUUCCCCCACCGUUGGGAAUGCCCUGCUGCUGCUGCAGUGCCUUGCAGCAGCAAGUGCGAACAGGCGAAGGCGCAGGCAGUGGGAGGUGUCAUGAGUGCCUCUUGGACUGCUACGAAGUUGAUGAAUUCCUCACACCUUCGCUGAGCCUCCUGCAGCAUAGAUCUGGCGCUGCUGCACGUUUUUCCGAUACACCCACGGGACACACACUUACCGUUCCCAACAACACGCAGGAAGCCGCCUGA